AUGGCGGAUUGGCCGGGACGUCAGCGCUGCCAGCGUGGAAACGGCAGCGGAGGCGCAGAAGGCGGAAGUCGGACGUGGGACAGUCCGGCUGCCCUCAGAUCCCGUGGCUUGUACUCAGUCAUGGACGUCUCCCUGGACAAGAUGGUUGACCCUACACUGGCUGAAAUGGGAAAAAAUCUUAAUGAAGCAAUGAAGAUGCUGGAGGACAAUCAGAGAAAAACAGAAGAAGAAAAUGAAAAGAAGUAUGCACCAAGAGAUAUUCCAGGACCACUCCAAGGCAGUGGACAAGAUAUGGUAAGCAUUCUCCAGCUGGUUCAGAACCUCAUGCAUGGAGAUGAAGAUGAGGAGCCCCAGUGUUCCCGACUCCAAAAUGUUGGUGAACAAGGCCAUAUGGCUUUGUUGGGACACAGUCUGGCUGCAUAUAUUUCAGUACUGGAUAGAGAGAAGCUGAGAAAACUCACAACUAGAAUACUUUCAGAUACUACAUUAUGGCUUUGCAGACUUUUCAGGUAUGAAAAUGGCUCUGCCUAUUACCAUGAAGAUGACCGUGAGGGCCUCUUAAAGAUCUGUAGGCUUGUUAUUCACACACGUUAUGAAGACUACACAAUGGAAGGAUUCAAUGUAUUAUAUAACAGACAGCCUGUUAUAUAUAUUAGUGCUGCAUGUAGGCCUGGCCUGGGCCAAUUCCUUUGUAAUCAGCUUGGCUUACCUUUAUCCUGUUUGUGUCCUGUUCCUUGUAAUACUAUGUUUGGAUCCCAACAUCAGAUGGAUGUUGCUUUAUUGGACAGAUUGAUUAAAGAUGAUUUGGAGAGUAAAAAGCUGCCACUGUUGCUUGUUGCAAAUGCUGGUACUCCAGGAGCAGGACACACUGACAAGCUGGGACGUUUGAAAGAACUUUGUGAGCAACAUAAUAUGUGGCUCCAUGUGGAAGGAAUAAAUUUAGCAACUUUGGCAUUAGGCUACAUCUCCUCUUCUGUGCUGGCUGCAACCAAAUGUGACAGUAUGACCCUAACCCUGGGCCCAUGGCUAGGCUUGCCAGCUGUUCCUGCAGUAACACUCUAUAGGCAUGAAGAUCCUUCUUUGUCACUAGUUGCAGGACUUACUUCAAGUCAACCAGUGGAGAAACUUCGUGCCUUACCAUUGUGGUUAUCUUUACAGUACUUGGGACUUGAUGGGAUUGUGGAAAGAAUCAAACAUGCCUCUCAGUUGAGUCAAAGGUUGCUGGAAAGCUUGAAGAAAUUGGACUUCAUCAAAACUUCGGUGGAAGAUGAACUCACCUCUCCAGUGGUGGUUUUCAAAUUUUCCAAGGACCUUUCAAGCUUGGGAUCAGAUAAAGCAGUGCAUGGAGCAAUAGGGCCCACCAUGCAGCCCAAGACAUCUAGCCAGGAAAGAGACAUCUGUGAUACUUUUAAUCAGUGGCUUGGUGAGCAGCUGGCACAGCUGGUUCCUGCUGGUGGGGUCGAUGUUGUGGAACUGGAAGAUGAGGGCACGUGUGUACGGUUCAGCCCACUCAUGACAUCAGCAGUUCUAGGAACUCAAGCAGAUGAUGUUGAUCAGCUGGUGGCAUGCUUAAAAACCCAGAUUCCGAUCCUGAUAUGUACAAUACAACUCCGAGAAGAGUUCAAGGAAGAAGUGGGAAGAACAGCGGGCCUCUCACACAUUGAGGACUUGAGCUGGCCUGGGUUAGGUGUAGUCAGGUAUGAACACAUAAUUGAAGAGAAGAUUAAUGAGAAAUCAGAAGCAGAAAUAGAGAAAAUCAAUACUGAAAUCCUGAAAAAAUUAAAUGAGCUGGAAUCUGACCUUUCAUUUUCAUUGGGCCCUGAGUUUGGAAGACAAAAGAACUGUAUUUAUAUUGGUAUGGCAACUGAGGACCUUGAUGUUUCUGAGCUAGUAGAGACGAUUGCAGCUACAGGCCGAGAAAUAGAGGAAAAUUCAAGGUUACUAGAAAAUAUGACUGAAGUUGUUCGGAAAGGAAUCCUGGAAGCACAGGUUCAACUACAGAAAGCAAAUGAGGAACGACUUUUAGAAGAGGGAGUAUUACGACAGAUCCCAGUUGUUGGAUCGGUGCUCAAUUGGUUUUCUCCAGUUCAAGCUUCACAAAAAGGAAGAACUUUUAACUUAACAGCAGGUUCUUUGGAAUCCACAGAGCUCACGUAUGCUUCUAAGGUACAAGGUACAGGAGCCACUCCACCUCCAACCCCUUUGGCCAACCGCACCAAACAAAGACUUCCAGGUCAGAAGCUUUUUAAAAGAUCUUUAAGAAGUUCAGAUGCCUUUAGUGAGACGAGCUCAGUGAGUCAUAUUGAAGAUUUAGAAAAGGUGGAACAGCAGGCCCCGGCUCGCUCUGGUGCAGAACAACAGGAGACUCCAAAUCUAACCAGCACUGAGCCGCAGCCUGGGGAGGCCGUCCCCCCAGCAGCAGAGCAGACGGAGGCAAUUCCCAGGGAUGGAUCUCAGUACCUGGACAAUGACUGCACUGAAGUAGAAGAACAAGAAAGCUUAAGAUAAAAUUCAGACUUUGUAGAGUAAGACUGUAUAACUAUUCCCUACGUUCCAGGAAUGGUAAGGAUGCAUAUAAAAUGUGAACAGUGCCACGUGAAGUACAUUAAGAACUGCAAUUCGGAAUUAACUGGGAUUCUUGCACAGAAGUGUGACUGAAAGCCAGGCCUUCUCUCAGUGGUGGUCACCUCAUUUGUUUAUAGGCCCGUUCGUGGCUAUUGCUUCAACCCUACACAUCUUUAGCAACACUAAGAAGCUGAAAAGAAUGUUUUUGGUGGGGCUUUUUAAGUUGAUUUAAAUCCUUGCUAUUUAUUUGCAAGCAACAGUUCUAAUUUUAGGUGGAUCUGCCACUUGAAAUAAUUGUCCUCAUCCUUCUAACACAAGCUUAAGUGAUUGGGUUGCACACGGUCACUUCUUGAUAAACACUUCUUGUUUGUAACUACUCCAGGCUGCUGCUUUACUGGACUUCCAUCCUGCAGGCAAGGAGACAGCACAUCACUUGCUAGGAACUCACUUGGACUUCUUGGCUGCCUCUGGUUAGUUGGUGGUUUUGUUUAUGGAAUAGUAACGUUGUCAUACCAAAUUGGUCUUGUGACACAUGUCUUUUGUUUGAAGGAAAAUGGGUUUUAAACGCUCUUGUAAAUAUGAAUGCCUGAGCCCCCAUCUGUCAUGCCCCACUGCUGCGUGUCCUGGAGACUUAAGUAGGGACUGCGUCCGUUCUACCAAGCUGUGUCCUGACAAGACUGUCAGGCACCUUAGAAUGGGCAGUACUGAAUUCAGUCUGAGACUUUUUUCUCUGCCAUAAAUCCAUUUUCUCCCCUAUGCACUAUUUGUAAACAGAUUAUUAAAUGUAUAGAGCAACCAUAACUGAAGUCUAUUUCCCAUGUAUAUUUUUACAGGUGGAAGUUAUAAAUUCGCAAACUGAAAUACAGACUGUGCUAGCUUUUGUUUUCCUUUGAUUAACUUAAUACAUUAAAGCCUGGUAGAUACGUAUAAAACCAAAUCUUAUUGUCACCUAAGUCACACAUAAACCCACAAUUUUAAUUUAAGCGUAACUUUAUCCUUUCCCAGAAGUUGACUCAGAGGCUUUUUACAGUUACAUUUCCUCAUUGGACCCAAUCUAUCAAUAAAAGACAAAAACCUUUUUUAAAGGAACAUAAGUAUGAUCUUCCCCAAACAAGAGCCGGACUACUGUUGAGUUGAAAAUGAAAAUGGCCUCUAUAUACUACUCAUCCUAACUUUUUAAAACUACUGAAUACUUCAUUAACAUAGCUGGUGGCCCUUUUGCCUUUUUGCCUAUUGGAUCAGGCAACCUGGACUAUUCUUACAAUGUAUAUAUUUACACUUGCUUCACAUUAGGCUUUGUUGAUCUAGUUUGGGGGGUCUUCAUGACAUCACAUUCAACCUAUAAUUACUUUCUGAUUUAACUGUGAUUCCUGACAUUUGGCACUUGUCUUAAGUACAAUUUUUCACUUGAGCAGAUGAUUAAAAGGCAAAUGGUCCUCCUUAUCAGUUUAGUUGGUGCAAUUAAACUCACAAGAAUUGAGGGAUAAAAUUAUCUUUAAAUAAAUUAAUUUUUAAUGUUUUUAUAUUUGGAGUUGUUAAAAUGGUUUGUUUUUGCUGAAAUAGAACUUCACCCUUUAGAUACUAUUUGAAUGUUGGAUUCAAUAAAGGUUCUUGAAAUUGUUACAAAUGAGUUCAAUUCAUAUACAAUAAACCUUACUAUGAAGUAAAUAA